UUUUUUUUUGUUUAAAAAGUGUUUAACAUAUUAUAAUUACUUAAUCUCUCAGAUACUGAAGUUAGCAGCUAGAGAUAUUUUCCUUUCAGAAAUUACCAAUCAAAUAUUUACUUUAUAACUCAUUCUCCAAUAGGAUUCGUGAUUAAAACGGUUCCGUUGGUACGAGCAAUCAGUGUGGACAGUUUGAACAUGUUUGAAUUGUAGAACUCAACGUAUCGUUCCAUCAUUGUGUGUAUCAUUCUCGUAUUUCUUUUCAUCGUUAAUCAUACUUCUUUAUUUUUUUAAUAUGAAAGACACUGAUACUAAAUCGAUUAAUUGUGAAAAAGAAAAAUAUUUUACAGGAACCGAUGUACGUAAAUCGGCAGAAGAAAUGGAUGAGCAACGUCAAAAGACGCUUGCUUACGAGUACCUUUGUCACUUAGAGGAAGCCAAGAAAUGGAUGGAAGCAUGCCUUAGAGAAACACUCCCACCCACAACUGAAUUAGAAGAGAAUUUAAGAAAUGGUGUAUAUUUGGCAAAACUUGCUCACUUCAUAGCUCCUGAGACUCUGGCUCUCAAUAAGAUUUAUGAUUCUGAACAGAAACGUUAUGCAGCAGUUGGUUUACAGUUUAGGCAUACAGACAAUAUUAAUUAUUUCCUGAAGACUUUGAAGUCUUUGCAAUUGCCAUUUACUUUUCAACCAGAAACAACAGAUAUUUAUGAUAAAAAAAAUAUGCCUCGUGUAAUAUAUUGUAUUCACGCUUUGAGUACUCACUUAUUUAAACUGGGCAAGGCUCCACAAAUUCAAGAUUUGUAUGGGAAAGUGAAUUUUACAGAUGACGAAAUAAAUGCUGUUAGUAAAGAAUUAAAAAAAUAUGGAAUUCAGAUGCCUUCAUUUCAGAAGAUUGGUGGUUUAUUAGCAAACAAUAUGGAAACAGAUGCAGCAUCACUUCACGCUGCAGUAAUAGCAAUUAAUCAGGCCGUUACAGAAAAGGAUUGUGACAAAGUAUUAACUGCUCUUGAAAACAAUAUGGUACAGCUAAAUAGUGUGAUGCCUUGCUAUAUCAAAGAGUACACUAAUACUUUAUUUCAAGCAAAAGAGUCUAAAGCACAAGCCGCACUUAACAGAUCUCUUAAUGAUAGUUACGUGCCAGAUGUAUAUGAUGAAUUGUUGACUCAGGCAGAGAUUCAAGGUCAUAUCAAUUACGUUAAUGCUCACUGUGCCGUGGAAAAUAUAUCUCAAUCUAUCCAUUGUAAGAGUAAUAAGUUCAUGAAUACAUUACAAGCACCCACUUUACAUUUGAAGAAUAUUAGAUCUGAGAAUGCACAGUUUUAUAAAGAACAAUUAAUGCAAUUAUUAGCAAGCUCUGAAUGGAACACUAUAUAUUCAGAGAGUAAUCUUCAUCACUGGAAACAGCUGCUUCAAAAAGAAAUCGAUAAUGCAAACGAAAUCGCAGUUAAAUCUCGGAAACGUGAUGAUGCUGUGAAACUACUGAAUUUAACGUUACAAAAUUCUGCUCGAGAUGAGUUCUGCAAAGCUUUAAAGAACCCUGACCUAGGAUUAAUGGAAAAGAUCGAUGAGUUUGCAAUACCAUUGUAUUACGAAGAAAUGAGAGUUGAUCGCGUUGAAUCUCAGAACGACCUUUCAUAUAGUGACAUUGUAGCCAGUAUACGCGUCUUAUCAAGUAUUGCAGAUAUCAGUAAAGCUGUAGAUACGGGAAAUCCUGAAUUGGUUUAUCAGGCAUUAACAAAUCCGGAGUGCCAUGUCUCUGGUUUAGAUCAAGAGAAUAAAGUGAAAUAUUGUAGAGCAUUAGUAGCAGUUCGAUGUGAAAAGCAGACAGACGCUGAAGAAUGUCCUUUAUUGACGUAUAUUGACGUCCAAGAAUGCAUCGAUGCCGUCAAUCAACAAUGCCAAAAUAAUGAUGAAGUAAUACAAGUGUUACGUCAAUUAAAUUUGGCGGUCGUAGAAAAUGAUCGAACCGGUAUCCUAACUGCUUUAAAAGAUACCGCACUAAAAUUACAAAAACCUAUUUCGCCAGAAAACGCUUCUCUUUACUUGAAAUUGUUUAAAAAAUGUCUCGAGGAAAAACACAAUGAUGGUUCAGAGUUAUGGUUGGAAGAUGUGGAAAAUGUAACGAAAACUGUUGCCAAAGAAGCUGAAACCGUACAAAAUCUAUGCACGUUUUUGUCGCAAGUCAAUUUGGGAUUGCAGCGGAAUGAUAUGUUAUUCACGCUUGAUUGCCUCAAAGCAUUUGGUUUUAAAGUACCAGAGAAGUAUAAAGCAAAUUGCUUUAAAAGUUUAUACAACUUAAGAAAAAUGAAGAAGAAAAAUCGUUGUAGCUUUGUUCGUUUUAUUACACCGAAAGGCAAUGAAUCGUACUUAGAUCUACAGAAAUACAAUUAUACCUGGGACUGCCCUAAAAGUAUGUCGGAAACAUUUCACGUCACUGUGGAAGAGAUAAAACGAAUAAUUAAAAAUAACGCGAUAAGAGAACACGAAGAACAUAAAAUAACUAAAUUAUUAAUCAGAUUCCAAGCGUGUAUUCGGGGAUACUUGAUACGGAAGAAGAUUUCCGAUAGGCUUACACAUUUUCACAGCAACGUAGAUAAAAUUAUCCAAAUACAAUCAUGGUGGCGAAGUAUAGUGCAGCGUAAAAAAUACGCAAAGUUACUGCAGGAAAAAUGGAAACAAAAUCCAGAGAGAUCCCAGAAUGAUUAUUUGAAAAUUAAAGCCAAAUACACGAACAUAUUAGAUUAUUAUAGAGAACACGAAGAGAAGAUUGUAAAGAUCCAAGCCGCGUGGCGCGGACGCGCUGAGAGACGUGCGUUUCAUUCGUUACUAUAUACGGAGAAACCACCGUUUCCUGUGGUCCGUCAUUUUUCUGCAAUUCUGAAUUUCAAUGCGGAGGAUUACGACAGAGACUUGCAAUUACAACACUUAAAACACGAAGUGGUGCAAAGUAUACGGCAUAAUCAGACCUUGUCGCAACAAUUGGAUGGAAUGGAUAUAAAGAUCGGUUUACUUAUUCAGAAUAGGAUUACUUUACAAGAUGUUGUAGCCCAUGGAAAAAGUUUAGAGACUCUCGCGAAACAAAAGCAUUCCAAUAAGGAUAAUCAAAAAAAUUCUUUUCCAGAUGGUAUAAUGUCCCAAAAAGGUCUGAAAUCGUUAACGAAAGAAGGUCGAAAAAAGUUGGAAGGAUAUCAACAUCUGUUUUAUGCAUUGCAAACCAAUCCAAUGUACUUGUCGAAACUUUUGUUCCUCUUACCCCAAAGUAAGACGAAUAAAUUUCUCCAGAAUGUAAUUUUAACUUUAUUUAAUUUUGGGUCCAAUAUCAGAGAAGAAUAUUUAUUGCUAAAACUAUUUGGGAGUGCUUUACAAGAGGAGAUCAAAUGUAAAUUUCAAAAACCGUCAGAAGUAGUUACCGGAAAUCCUCUUGUCUUAAAAAUGGCAGUAAACUAUGCACGACAACUGAAUGGUCAAAGGGCUUUGAGACAAAUCGUUGGGCCAAUUAUUGAAAAAAUUUUAGCCGAUCGGACGUUAAAUAUAGAAACAAAUCCUGUGGAUAUUUACAAAUGUUGGCGAAAUCAGUUGGAAAUGGAAACGGGAGAAACAUCGACUUUGCCUUACAUAGUAACGCAACAACAAGCUUUAAGUUACGAAGAAGUGCAAAUCAGAUUAAACAGAGGAAUACACCUAUUACAAACUACUGUUUUAGAGUUCUUAAAUAGAAUAACCGAAUCUCGAGAUUUGAUACCAUACGGAAUGUUAUAUAUGGCGAAAGUUCUAAACGAUUCAUUGACUGAAAAAUUCCCAAAUGCUCCAGAGAAAGAUAUCUUAAAAGUUGUAGGAAAUUUCAUUUAUUAUCACUUUAUUAAUGCAGCUAUUGUAGCUCCAGAUGCUUUCGAUAUAAUCACGUUACCGAUCGAUAGAUCGUUAUCAAACGAUCAACGAAGGAAUUUAGCUAGUAUUGCCAAAAUAUUACAGUUCGCUGCUUCCAAAAAAGGCUUUGGUGAAGAAGCUACGCAUCUAGUCUGUCUCAAUUCUUUUAUAAUUGAAUGUCACGAAAAGUUUAAAACCUUUUUCCGAUACUGUUGUCAAAUCGAAGGUUUGGAAGAACAUUUUUCUAUUCACGAGUAUACAGAAGCGACGCUCAUUCAAAAACCAGAAAUAUACAUCUCUCUGCAAGAAAUUUGUGAUACUCAUUGCCUCAUGUUAGAGUACCAAGAUCAAAUAGCACCGGAUCCAAUGGACCAGUUGCACGAUCUGUUGGAUGAUUUAGGUCCUGCGCCGACCGUCGCAUCUUUGCUCGGCAUAUCUGACAAUACAUGUGACGCGAAUAUAACGCGUUUUGGAAAAACAGAAGUGUGCUUGGUACUCACUAACAAAUUUCAAGUUCCGGAAGACGAGGACGUCAAUUUAAACAAACUCUUUAUAAAGACAAAAGAAUUGUUGGUCUCUGUACUGCAAUUCUUAAAGGGUCAAACGCUGGUCGAAGCAUUGGAUACUACGUGCUCCCCUAUACAAGAAAAACUUUACGAUAUGAAGUGCAUCACUUUAUCGCCUACAUUGAACAUAAUUCACAAAAGCUCGUCCUUAAACGAUUGCAAGCUGCAGUUACGGGCGUACCUUAACAAACUUGAACUUGGAGGAUGGGUCAGUCAAGCAGACGGAUAUCAAAAUAUCAUAACAGCGGUAGCCAAAGAUCUAUGCAAUAAGGGGAAGUAUCGUAUUAUUCGGAACAAGGAAUUGCAAACUUUGCGUACGACUAAACAACGGUUAGAAGAAAAAUGUAAAUAUUAUCAAGAACAGGUGGAAUAUUACAACGAAUAUAUACAACGCUGUUUGGAGAACUUGCAUACAGGAAAAGGAUCUCUGCGAGCAUUCAAGGCCAUACAAAAAGAUAAUCACGGUAAGCUGAGGUCUAAGAUGACGUUGAAAUACUCCGCGUCAAAAUUACAAGAAAAAGGAGUACUUUUGGAAGUGGAUGGACUACCGCAGUCGCAGUUUAAAAAUGUGAUUUUUGAGAUAAGUCCGACGGAACAUACCGGACUUUUUAGCGUGCGUUGUAAAUUCAUGGGGGUAGAGAUGGAGAAAAUCGACAUCGAUAUACAAAAGUUACUCGAACUGCAAUUUGAAGGCGCAACGAUCAUGGACAUGUUCGGCAAAGCAAAAGUUAAUGUGAAUUUAUUAUUAUAUUUAUUGAAUCGAAAGUUUUAUGGUAAAACGUGAAAAAAAUAAUGAAAUAUUGUACCAUUAACGAAUACGACCGAGUUAAUGCACUUGUGCAAUGUUCUGCUGUCAUUUAAGUCUUUAAACAAAACCCGCGAAUAAUUCCGAAUCCGAUUUAGUAUUCACAAGUACUUCACGAUGAUUUUAAAAAUUGUUUUCUGUAAAUAAUUAUGCUUAUAAGAGUACGAACUUUUUUAUACGAGGUUCUAGAUAUGUAUGUAUGUAUGUAUGUAUGUAUGCAUGUAAUAUUGUGUAUAAAUUUUAUGAGAUUUUACAAUUUUACAACACAAGACUAUCAGCAACUAUUUAACUAUUUCAUUUCGAUAGAAUAACGGUAAUAUUAUGGAGAAAUUUC